AAUUGGAAAACUACAAAAAAAAAAAAAACAAAACUAAACAUAACACUCAGAUCGAUAAUCCUAUAUAUAUAAAACUCUCAGAAUUCACCACUCACGACCCUCCGCCGCCGCGGUUGCAAGCAGAGCACACCAUCGAAAUGGGCGAAGCGAAGGCGUUGGUUCCGGAAUCGGUGGUGAAGAAGGAGAAGAGGAACGAGGAGUGGGCUUUGGAGAAGAAGCAGGAACUCGAUGCCGCAAAGAAAAAGAGGUUCGAAACGCGGAAGCUGAUUUUUAACAGAGCCAAACAGUACUCAAAGGAAUACGACGAGCAGCAAAAGGAGUUGAUUAGGUUGAAGCGUGAAGCCAAGCUUAAGGGAGGGUUUUAUGUUGAACCUGAAGCUAAGCUCUUGUUCAUCAUCAGGAUCCGUGGUAUCAAUGCCAUGGAUCCUAAAACAAGGAAGAUUCUGCAGCUUCUGCGUUUGAGACAGAUUUUUAAUGGCGUCUUUCUUAAAGUGAACAAAGCUACCGUGAAUAUGCUGCAUAGGGUAGAGCCUUAUGUUACCUAUGGGUACCCUAAUUUGAAGAGUGUAAAAGAAUUGAUCUACAAGAGGGGCUAUGGAAAAGUUAACAAGCAGAGAAUUGCCUUAAAUGACAACUCUAUUGUUGAACAGACUUUGGGGAAGCAUGGGAUCAUUUGCGUUGAAGAUCUGAUCCAUGAGAUAUUGACUGUUGGACCUCAUUUCAAGGAGGCCAACAAUUUUCUGUGGCCUUUUAAGCUCAAAGCUCCCCUUGGUGGUUUGGAGAAGAAAAGAAAUCAUUAUGUUGAAGGAGGUGAUGCUGGCAACAGGGAGGAUUACAUAAAUGAGCUUAUUAGAAGGAUGAAUUAGUUUUUUUUCUUCUUCAUAUAGUUGUUAGUAUAAAUUUUAGGCUAAGACACUGUUUUUGUUUAUGCAUUUAUUAUUUUGAAUGAUGUAUGAGCCGAUUGAGAUAUUAAUUCAUUGCUUGCAAUGCAAUGAAAUGUUAGCCUGUUGAGAUAAGUUCUUAUAUUUGAAUUUGAUACUUGAGAGUGCAAUUUGGGAUUUGGCUCUUA